CUGCCAGCCAGCAUACUUGUAUGGUGGACCCCAUCGGCAACAAAAUCACCACUUUGCCCUAUUCUCAGCCUUCUUCGCCAUUCCUUUCCCUCUCCCCACCUACUAGUCCUUUACGUUCAGGUUCCCCUCCCGUCCGACAUGCCUCCGGCAUUCAUUUUGAUAUGUAUUCGCAAUCUUUUCCAGGUCAGCCUUCUUCUACCCAGAAUUUCUCAGACGGAGCCCUACAAUCCUUACAUUCUUCUGUCACUCCAACUCGUGUGUCUGAACCCACGGUCACAAGUAAGUUUUAUUAGACUUAAUCGAAGGUAUGAAGACUAA